UCACCAUUCACCGUGUAAAUCUACAAGUAAUCUCAGCAGUCUUGACCAAUAGAAGUAAAAGAAGAAGAAGUGCCGAACCUCGAAAUUGUCCGAGCAAAUUUAGCAAAACAAAAAUGAAUACAUCUACGGCCUUAAAGGCCGUAAUAAGCGACGUUCAUCAAUUUAUUACGCCAAUAAAACUGGUGAAAACCCCUGAAGACAUGCUAAAGUGGGAUCGAUCCGAAGCAUAUUUAGAGUAUAUGGGUUUCAUAUUUGCGAUAAACAACGCCGUCAGAGGAACGACCAAUUCAGACGGAUCACGAAACGCGUCACAAGCCGUCGAUAAAAUUAUGACCUUACUAGAUAGACUUGGCCAUUGGAUAGAUGAAAUUCCACCCAUACAGCAACCGCAAAGGUUUGGAAAUCAAGCGUUUCGAAGUUGGUAUAACAGAUUGCAAACAGAAUCCAUAACCGUAUUACAGAAUGCUUUACCUCCCAAUCUGCAUAGAGCACUACCCGAAAUUGCAGUUUAUUUACAGGAAAGUUUUGGCAAUGCCACAAGAAUAGACUACGGCACGGGUCAUGAAAUAUCCUUUCUGAUGUUCCUGUGUGCAUUGUUCAAAAUAGGUUUUUUAACUGAGGCCGAUUUGGCAGCCACAGCCUGUAAAAUCUUUGUAAAGUAUUUAACACUAGCAAGAAAAUUGCAGCAGACAUAUAGAAUGGAACCAGCGGGUAGCCACGGUGUAUGGAGCUUAGAUGAUUACCAGUUUGUACCUUUUAUUUGGGGCAGCUCCCAACUCAUCGAUCAUCCGAGGUUGGAUCCGACGUCAUUUCUUAAAGAGAACAUUGUCAAUUCUUUAGCUGAAGAGUAUAUGUUCAUGAGCUGUAUUCAGUACAUAAAUUCAGUAAAAACGGGACCAUUCGCAGAGCACUCGAACCAAUUGUGGAGCAUAAGUGGAGUGCCAAGUUGGUCCAAGAUAAACAGUGGACUUAUCAAAAUGUAUAAAGUCGAAGUUUUGGGUAAAUUUCCAGUGGUACAGCAUAUUACUUUUGGAUCAGUGUUCACUUUAAAACCCGCAGACCAGGGAUCUAGCAUUCGGGAACCCAAAUUUACUGGAUUAACUCCUAGGCCAGGUUUCAAGAAGCCGAGUGAUGUGCUGAACACCGCAAAAUCACCUGACGCUUCUGUAAAAGACUAAAACUAAUUUAAUUUUGACAGCCCCUUGAAAAUGUGCUGUGUGUCGGUUAGUUAUAGUUAACCAAGAAAUACUAUUUAUUAAUGUGUAACCUCUUAGAUGUUAAAAUACAAAAUAUUUUUGUUUCAAAACGAGGCAUUUUUAUAUAAAGAUAACUAAGAAAGUAUAUCCAUUUUGUUAUAGUUAACAAUGGCGUCGCCACGUGACCUAGGCGCCAUUUUGUAUUUUUGCAGAAUUUUUAUUUUAUAAUUUUGUGUGGGCCGGUUGCUUGUU